GAUUAAUGUUGCGCUGCUGAGAGGCGCACCGGACUACAGAAACAUCGGAGGAUUUCGGACAGCUCUGACCGAAUGCAGCGACGCUGAGGAGGAGGAUUUCAUCAGUCGACUCAUUGAAGAAAAUAUUAAAUCAUUAAUGUUCAUUGCAUACAUGAAAUAGACAGACUACCCCGAGCUGAAAGAUGAUUUCCCCGUGGGACCGGUGGUACUCGACCAGCUGCUGUCUCUGCUGUCAUGUCCGGACUGGCACCAUUAUUUUGGGGAUAUGGUACAUGCUCAUCAAUGCUGUGGUGCUUCUCAUUCUCCUCACGGCCCUCAGUGAUCCUGACCAAUACCACUACCACAUGACCAGGGUUGAGCUGGCCAACAACUUCGAUGUCAUGGAUGAUGCGAAUAUUUGCAUUGCCACGGCUAUCUCCCUACUUAUGAUCCUAAUAUGUGGAAUGGCAACAUACGGUGCAUAUAAGCAACAUGCAGCUUGGAUUAUUCCAUUCUUCUGCUAUCAAGUCUUUGACUUUGCCCUUAACACCUUGGUUGCAAUUAGUGUUUUGGUCUACCCUGACACAGUUCAGGAUUAUCUCCAGCAGCUGCCAGGGAAUUUUCCAUACAAAGACGAGAUCAUGUCUACGAACAAUGCGUGCCUAGUCUUCAUGGUACUCCUUUUCAUCGGCUGUAUCCUGGCCUUCAAGGCGUACCUGAUUGGCUGUGUGUGGAACUGCUACAGAUACGUGAGCGGAAGAGGCUCCACGGAGGUCCUGGUGUACGUCACCACAAACGACACCGCUGUGCUGCUACCACCUUACGAUGAAAUUGUGGCUGUUCCACCCAAGGAGCCCCCUCCCCAGUACGUUUCGGCAUGAGAGACCGCCUCCCUCAAGACCACCACGACCACACACUCUUUACCACGGCUCCUCAUUCUAUCUAGUUAUGACACUACAAACGCUGUUACAUUCUCUCUGGCCUGGAGGUGAGGCAUUAGUAGAUUUUUUUUAGCUGUCUUGCAUUCACAGAACUCCCCAGUUAUCCCAGCAACACGCUGCUGUUUCAAGCCCUAUUUGCACUUUAAGCAACGUAGUUUGCUCCUCUUCAGGUCUCCCAUGAUACCCUUUAAUACUGUGAACUCCUCUGAUCCAGAGUUUGUCCGAGGGCAUUCCUCAAAUGCAGCAAGCGAGGAAAGAGAUGAGCUCUUUUUAAAAGGCAAUAUCCCUGAUAACCACUGAAUGUAAGGACUGUUUUUUAUUACUUUUGUAUAAGUACUGUAAAAAGACUGAUUUUGAGAAGCAAAACAAAAAACCUUCACUGUCUGUGGUCUCAGUUACUUGUAAUACCAAUCAAUCCAUAAAAGGUCAUCGUUCUGAAUGAACAAGUAAAUUAUGAACAGAUAGCUUCAACAGGUGGAAAGGUUCCAAGGAACAGCAUCUGUCUGUAAUAUGAAAUGAACUAAUAAUGUUCUGAAAGACACAGCAUUCUGUAUGUAACAUUUCAGCUGAUAAUUUCUCUUUUUCCCCACAUGCACAGUGCACACAAUUUUUGCUGCAGAGGUUUUUUAAAAUUUAGUCACACUGCUGGACACAAUUCAUGCUUAUUACUCCAAAACCUUGGCAUUUCUUAGGAAAUCACUCUACAAACUCUGACGUGCUGCUAUAAUCGCAAGUGAAUACAUGUACUACUAAUAGGGCUUAGUGCCAAGACAAAUGGUACGAUGUAGUACUUUAGUCUAUGUCCCCUGUUAAUCUGUCUAAUAUGUAUUCUGUUAUAGUCUGAGCUUUCAGAGGUGGAUUAAAUAGUUUAAGGAAAGGAACAAUGCUCCUGUAUUUCCUUAGAUCCUUAUCUUCAGUUAGUCUUCAGCUGUCUUCCAUAAUGGAGGACUGUGGAGAUGUGAAGGAUCCGCCCUGAUACGAUCGUAGAUUCAUAGCUCAAAAUUAGGUUUUUCACUUUGACAUACCCAGCUAUGCAAGAGUGCAAAGGAAAGGAAACAAGUGAAAACCGCGCUGUGUUUUCAUUGCACUGACCACCACAGCAGACGCAGCACAUGGCCGACGAGACAGGGAGGUUGAGACCAGAAAGCAAGA